AGAGAGAGAGAGAGAGUGGUUUUUCUUGCUGCUGUUAUAGGCAGCAAAUGCACUGUGCUGUGCAGGCCAACGAUGCACAAGUUCCUUCUGGUACAGUCCAGACUCCAGUAGCCCCGCCGCGUAGAUAGAGGUAGGCAGCUAUCAGAUCGGCCGACCGGUUGACCGGAGCGAGAUGCAGGCCCGCUCCGCCGCGCUGCUCGCCACCUUCUUCGUCGUCGUUCUUUCGUCGGCCGCGAGCUGCCGCGGGCAGCUGGCGAACAACUACUACGCUGGCAGGUGCGGCAACGCGAGCGUGGAGACCAUCAUCCAUGACGCCGUCAAGGCCCGCCUCGCCUGGGACAAGAGGAUGGUCGCCGGCCUCCUCCACCUGCUUUUCCAUGACUGCUUCGUCACCGGGUGCGACGCGUCGAUCCUGCUGGACGGGUCUAACACGGAGAAGACGGCGGUGCAGAACAGCGGCAUCUUCGGAUACGACCACAUCGACGACAUCAAGACGGCACUCGAGAACAAGUGCCCUGGCGUCGUCUCCUGCGCCGACAUCAUCGUCGCCGCAACCAGGGACGCUGUUGCCAUGUCCGGAGGGCCGAACUACCAAGUGCAGCUGGGAAGAAGGGACGGCAUGGUGUCGCAGGCGUGGAUGGCGGGCGCGCUGCCGGGCCCCAACGUCGACAUCCCAACGGCCAUCGACAUGUUCUCCAAGAAGGGCUUCAACAGCUUCGACAUGGCCAUCCUCAUCGGCGCUCACACGGUUGGGGUGACGCACUGCUCGGUGAUCCACGACCGGCUGUACAACUUCAACAGCACGGGCAAGCCGGACCCGGCCAUGGACCCGCUGUACGUGUGGAUCCUGACCACGUUCGCGUGCCCCAAGGGCCAGACCUUCGACAACAUCGUCUACCUCGACGACCCCUCCAGCAUCCUCGUCGUCGACAAGAGCUACUACGCGCAGAUCAUGAAACGCCACGGCGUGCUCACCGUGGACCAGGCGCUCGGUGACCACAGCUCCACAGCGUGGAUGGUCAAAUUCCUCGCCACCACAGACUUCUUCCCCUCCAUGUUCAGCUACGAGCUCAAUAAGCUCGCCGCCCUCGAGGUCCUCACCGGAACCGCCGGCGAGAUCAGGACAAACUGCCGGAGGACCAACUGAUCGAUCCAGCUAUAUACAAAAUUAGUUACUAUUAGCUACUAGCUACAUGUGGGAAGCUGCUGCUACGAGAAACAAACAAAGAAAGAAGAGCUAGUCGAGAGAAGAGAAGAGAUAGCAGACAUGACAACCUACCAACGAUUGAGAGCAUUGUCAGUGCGUGAUUGCAUACGGUUUUACCAUAGUUAAAAUUUUAGUAAAGAUUUAAUUUACUGGAGUAGUACAAGGAUCAUUUUUUUUUCGUGUGUCUUCUGAUUCU